AUGAAGCGGCUUAUCGGUGGUAUCAGCCUGGCAAAAGCAGACUGGCAGCAGCAGACCUUUCGGGCGGGAGCACACCAGGCUGCUUUCCCAAAGCAUGGCUCUCAGCCCCGGACGAGGCCGAAGUGCGAAGUGCCCGCCGCCGGAUACGCGAGGUUUGGAAGCAACUACGCGCGGCUCGCGGUGCAGGAGAUGCGCAUGGGGCGGAGCAAGAACGGGUUCCUGCUGCAAGCGGUCGCGGGCGCGGUUCGUCGGAAGAGCCCGGAGCAGCUGAGGGAUAUGGCGGAGCGCGUUGGGAGGGAGAGGAUUAUGGUCUUGCAUGGGACAGCGGAUAGGAUGAUUCCGGUGGGUCAUAGUAGGAAGUUGAUUGAGUAUAUUAACCCCGGGAAGGCCCUGGUUAAAGAAGGGUUGGGACACACGCCGAUUCAACAGACUACGAGGUGGUUCAAUGAGUUAUUGGAGGAGAGAGAUGUGCCCUUGGUGAGAGGUUGA